GCAAGUAUUAUGAAGCAGCUUAAGUCAAGGUCUCCUUCAGAUGGUGCCUCUUCAGAACCAGCAAGCUUCGACCUACUGCAGCAUUAUGCUCCUGCUUAUAACAGACAUGGCUACCAGAUCAUGGACAACAAGCAAAAAUGCAAGAAAGGAGAUGUUCUCUUAGAAGGGGUGAAAACUUUAGGCAGAAAUGAAAGAAGGAACUACACACUCUCAGAGCUACAGAAUGACCAUAAAGCUCUCAACAUCCCUCACCCUAGCUUUGACCUGAACGGUGACGGUGUGGUUUCCAUCCACGAACUAGCCAUUGCUCAAAGGUUUGACAAAGACAAAGAUGGAAUAUUAAAUGCUGAAGAGAGAAAAUAACUGUCUCAAUGCCUUAAAAAACGGGUUUGAAAAUAAGUUGGGCUGGAACAAGAACAAACUGGGCACGAAGCUAGGCCAAGCCCAAGCUGUGAAAUGCACCAAGAUGAUCCCAAAUAAUAAUUCUGAGCUUGCUCCAAAUUCUCCGUCUGAGAGGAAUGGCAAUAACUGUGAAAAUUUUGACAACCAAGAAGACAAAAGUAGAAUGAUGAGCAUGGAUAAUAAAAGCAUUUGAGAGCACACUCGAAAGCUCAUAGAGAAAAAGUAUAUGUCACCUAUGAUCUUUGACAACAAGCGAGUCCACUCAAGGAGAUAUAGUCAAUACGAAGCAAGUGAAACCCAAAAAUUUGAGAAUAAGAAACUUGAGUUCAAUGAUUCUUGUAACAAUAAACUUAAUAAGGCAAUCAAUAAAGAAAUUCCAAAAUUUGUGCCAAAGGAAAACAUCCUAUCCUCGAUUGAUAGGCUAAAUAACCGAGAGAAUGCUAUCUACAGAGAAAGAGAAUCUCCUCCAGCCACUAGGAGGACUUACCACUCUUUAAAGAAAGACAGGAAGACUCAGAUGAUUAAGGAGUUAGAAAAGCUAGGAAAUGGUAUCAGGCCUGGAAUCCACAAGGUCAACAUCCCAUUCAAAAAUAUUCUCAGAAGAAGUAAGAAGAUCGUUGAAAACACAACUCCCAAAGAAAGUGAGAAUUCCCAUAAGAGAUUAUGGGAGAACAGGAAGUUUAUUAAUCUGAGCCACGACCCUAAUAUUGACCAAUUAGAAUAUGAACCACCCAAAGAUAUUUUCAAGGAUUUCAGGUCAUUUAUUAAACCUGAUAACCAUAUUGCUUCAAAAAUUACAGAGAAGAUGCAGGAGAAGGGCUUAAAAUAUUCAUUCGACCAGAGGAAUAAUGUCACCUUAGGUGGUCGGAAAACCAACCCUGGUCGGUUCGCAUCGAACCAGCUCUCUUUCAGAACCAAAAAUGAUGAAAGGAUUUUCAACCAGUAUCCUGAAAUCCCUCCAAGCGAGAAAGAUUUUGAGCCUGUGCCUUCUUCUUUUAUCAGUUUUGCUGAUAAAAGUCAGAAGGGGAAUCACUCAACUAUUUUUGAUCUCAGAUCGAAGUUUACUGUCGAUAAAACUUCACAAAAUGAUAGGCAUAACAAAAGUGUGAGUUUUAGACAAGACACCGUGAUAAGGUACAACCGUUUUAACUCCCUUAAGGAAAAUCUCAGGUACAAGAGAAGCUCAAAGGCAGGAAAGAAUGCCUCAUUGCCUGUUAGCCCUGCAAGGUCCCCAAGGGGGACCUUGGACCUCACAAUGAACAGUGACACAAAGGUAUCUUUUGCUGAUGCUACUUCAUACGGAGUGAGAUCUUCUGGAUUUAGUUAAACAUACCAGCAACUUUUCA